GCCUGAAGAGGCGUGGCCACGCAGGCUUGCCUCCAGGCUGAGCUGCGCAGCGGGGUUUUGGCCAAAUUGGGAGAGGGCACACAAUAUCCACUUACCCCUUCUCGCCGAGGAAGAGCGGGAGAAAGGGUAUGGCACAGUCUCAAGGCUGGGUGAAAAGAUACGUCAAGGCCUUUUGUAAAGGCUUUUUUGUGGCAGUGCCUGUGGCAGUGACCUUCCUCGAUCGGGUCGCCUGCGUGGCAAGAGUGGAGGGAGCAUCGAUGCAGCCCUGCCUGAAUCCCGGAGGGAGCCAGUCAUCCGACGUGGUGCUUUUGAACCACUGGAAAGUGAGGAAUUUUGAAGUCCAGCGUGGUGACAUUGUGUCAUUGGUGCCAGAAAAUGCCUCAAGCAUCGUAUUGUCAUUUCAGCACUGAGCCUGAGACACACAUAAUUCAUUUUUAAUGGGGAAGCGAACUCCCUUUAUCCUCACACAACUGUUUCUGAUGUAGUUCCUUCGUUAAAUGCAAUCUACUAAUCCCUAUAUAUUUGUGUAGGUAAAGAUUUCGUUAGUAGAAAGAAAUGAAUGUUCUCAUCUGUUUUUAUACCUUUUCUUUCCCAUAUUCAUGGUUUUAAGCAUUUUCAUUUUCACACUCAAGGAUUUGAAUUGGGUAGUAAGAACCACAUAAUUAUUUGCAUCCAAAAUGUGUAAGUUUAUAUGUUUUUUAAAUCGGAUGAAAUAAGUGAUUUAAUAUGAAAAUAUAUAUGUUAAAAUGUUGGCUUAUUGACAAACUGAUGAGGAAACAGAGAUGGAAGUGCCAGGAGCCUUUAAAGUCAUUCCAGAGAUGUGGUUUCUUGUUCUCUAUUAAAUACACGAUUCUUCUCUGAAGCCUCCGUUGAAGGGAUGUCUACCAGAGGCCUCUGACUUUAAUUCCAGUUCUCAAAGUUAGGGUUUUUUUUUUUUUGACUCAUCUUUUAAAGAGCUCUUUUGGUGUGUUUGACCAUAUUGCUUAAAUUAUGUCCCCUUGUGUGGUUUAUGAAUGAUCCUGUCUUGAUCAGGCUCGAGUCUGGUGUUGCAUGUGACAGAGAGCGUGUUAUGCGGUGGUUCGCUCCACACCAGGGCUGGGAGGGUCAGCUCCUGUUCCCGCCUCACUCCAUAAUCUGUUGGGAGACACUCUAAGUGGGCAUCACAGUUGGGUUAGAAUCAGUAACUUCAGGUGUGGAGCCGCAUGUUUUAGGGAGAAGGCGGAUUUUCCUCACUAUGGCUUUAUAAUGCUUAUUGGCUUCUUGAAAAUAUAUUUGGCUUAGAAAAUAGAAAUAGAAACACAAAUUACUGUGGGGUCUUCAAAUGUCAUUCUAGUUCAUUCUUCUGAAAGGCUUGCCGACGUCAGCCUGAAUUCUCUGUUAGACUUUGUUACUAUGGGGCACUCUUCUAUAAUGACUUUCAAGUUAUUGAAUAUAUGUAUGAUAUUUGCUGUCACUUUAUCCCUUAUUUGAAUGCCGCAGUUUGAUUUCAAGAGAAAGUUAUAUUGACAUGCCUGUGAUGUAUCUAACCCCUGAGUUGGUAUUGACUGUAUGGCUUAUUUAAAAGAUAAGCUAAGAGCCCUCUGAGGUGUAUUACUGUAAAAUGAACUAAGUGAACUGGAACAGGUCAAUUCCAAUCUGUGGGCUUGUCUAUUCUCGAUGGGAAUGAAAAGGACUUGUGUGGUAUUUUGUAUGCUUUAUCUUCUCACCUGAGAAUACUGAAUGCUUACUAGUGAAUUCAAGAGCACCUUUGUUAUAUCAUUAAUGAAAUGUUUAGUCUGGAUUUAGAAAAUGACCUAUAUUUUACUAGAAGAGUGUUUUUAAAUAUCUUUUAUUGUCUUAUUCUAAGCAUUGAUUACAUGGAUUGUGACUACUAGAAUUAACUCUGAUUUUGCCAUUGUAUUCCUGUCUAUGGAUAGUGUUUUUGUUUUCCCCUUGCUUCAGAGGUAUAAAUAAAAUAAACUAAGUGGGUGGUCAGCUUUUACCAUAGAUUGAGUCCUCACUUUUCAAACAAACACACAAAAGCAGCCACAGGUGUACUGAAAUGAGUUCAUUUCUUUCUUUUUCCAGAACUCGGUGAUACUGAAUGUAGCAUUUUGAUUGUAGAUGUGGCUUUUCUCCUCCAGGACAAUACAGCCAUGCUCCCAGGCAACAACCUAGUGAGCAGCGCAUCAGCCAGGGUGAAAUGGCAUAACAGCAGCGGGGGCUGUGGAGUUGAGUGUGAAGGUUACUGUAGUCUUUCUGUUUAGCUUUGUCCCCAAAAGACCAUUGGGAUGUUUGAUAUAGUAAACAUAUCUGCGACAACCAUUUUGUUAAAAAAAAAAACAACCAAACAACUCUUACUUAUUUUUUAUAAUGUUUUGGGAAGUUAAAGAAACAGAGAGAGAGAGAGUGAGAUUGGAUCCAAGAAAAGGUGUCACAGUAUCAUCACUAUUCAUUGUUCCUCACUUCCAGGUGGAAUGAAGCCCAAGUCACCAUUUAAUGGGGGCAUGUCCGAGGGGGGACCAAAAAACCCUCCUGGAAUUUAUUUAUAAAACUGUGUAUUUAUUCUUAACAUAAAUGUUAAGACUUCAGUCACCUUCAAAGUACUCUUAAUGGGAUACAAUACACCUACUGAGAUUUUUUUCCACUGCUGAAGACAGUUUUUGAACCCAUCAAUUUUGAUGCCUUUUAGUGCUUCUGCCCUUUUUUGGUUUGUUUGUUUCACUUCUUCCACAUCAGCAAAAUGUUUCCCUUUGAGGACUUUUUUUAUCUGGGAAAAUAAAAAAGUCUCUAGAGAGAUCAGGUGAAUAGAGAGGGUGGGGCACAAAGGUCAUGCCAUAUUUGGUUAAAAACUGCAGAACACUCAAUGUAGAGUGGAUAGGUGUGCUCAUAAUUACCCAUCAUGAAAUGGGCAAAUGUGUUGAAAGAGGCUUGAAAAAAAUGCCCUGAAACCAAACACAGCCUCUCACAACAAUGCCAGCUGGUGCACUGAUACAGAUGGGUUCCUAGAGCCCACACCUAGUGGGGGAAGCCUGUACUGCAAGGGGUCUGACCUCCAGAAAAUAAUUUUGGGUUUUUUUGGGGUGGCCCCCCUCAUACAGUGAGAGUUUUUUCUUCUAUUUUUAGUAGUUGUGGGAAUAUUUUUAUCAGAAAU